CAGAGUCAGUCAGAGACACGGGGCUGGGCCACAGAAGUUGGGACAAUUUACGGACGCUUCUGUAGCCGGAUAGUCGACGACAACAAGGAUAUGUACACAGCGAAUAUGCCCAGAGACUCUUUUUCUUGUCCUCUAGCGGAGUAAAGGCGAUUUCUGUGUCAGCAGAUUGUCUACUUGUGCGCGGAGUUUGACAUUUUUAGCUAAAAAAACAAAACAAAAACAAACAACAACUAACCCCCCCUCUUUCCUACUGAGGAUGAUUUUUGCUAAUACUGGAAACCCACUAAGGACACCGUAUCGCAAACAGCCACCUGUUGCCCCAUCGUCACACCCCAUGGCUCCACCCAGCCCGAGCACCAACAGCAGCACCAACAACAGCAGCAGCAGCAGUAGCACCGCUGGCUGGGACCAACUCAGUAAAACGAACCUCUACAUCCGAGGCCUGUCCCCUUCAACCACAGAUCAUGACCUGGUCAAGCUCUGUCAGCCGUAUGGCAAAAUCGUAUCGACGAAGGCCAUCCUGGACAAGGCCACAAACAAGUGUAAAGGAUAUGGCUUCGUGGACUUUGACAGCCCCGCUGCAGCUCAGAAAGCCGUGGUUGCCCUGAAGACCACUGGUGUCCAAGCUCAGAUGGCAAAGCAACAAGAACAAGACCCAACGAACUUAUACAUCUCCAACCUGCCUUUGUCGAUGGAUGAGCAGGAACUGGAGAACAUGCUGAAGCAUUUUGGCCAGGUCAUAUCAACGCGCAUCCUGAGGGACUCCAGUGGAGUCAGCAGAGGAGUGGGCUUCGCAAGGAUGGAGUCAAAGGAAAAAUGCGACGCAGUCAUUUCUCACUUCAAUGGAAAGUUUAUCAAGAUGCCCGCAGGGGUUUCAGGCCCGUCCGAACCAUUGCUGUGCAAGUUCGCCGACGGCGGCCAGAAAAAGAGGCAAAGUCAGAAUAAAUUCGGGCUCAACGGCCGGGCCUGGGCGAGGGACGGCGACUCCAGGCUGGCUGGAAUGACACUCACAUACGACCCCAGUACAGCUGCUAUUCAAAACGGAUUUUUUCCACCGCCGUACAGUAUCUCAAACAGGAUGAUGGCUCAGACGUCGAUGACCCCGUACAUGUCUCCAGUGUCAACAUAUCAGGUGCAGAACCCGUCCUGGAUGCCUCAUCAACCCUACAUCAUGCAGCACCCAGGUACGGUGAUAUCGCCCUCUAUGGACCCAUCCAUGUCACUGCAGCCCACUUCCAUGAUGGCACCUCUCACGCAGCAGAUGAGUCACCUCUCUCUGGGCAGCGCGGGAACGUUUAUGGCUGCCAACACGGCUAUGCAAGGAGCAUAUAUCCCACAGUACGCACACAUGCAGACAACGACAGUUCCCGUGGAGGAAAACGGUGCACAGUCACAAGUGGACUCAUCUGGCAAUCAUUCCCCCUAUUCCUACCAACAAACCAAGUAGUGCUGAGGUAACAUUUGGACAGCUAAAACAAUCUCAAUGUCUACGAACGCAGUGGACGCAAAGGAUCUCUCACUGUUUUGCGCAGGUGUUUUGCAAACGUUUAAAGUGGGACUAUUUUUGGUAUCAUUUUCAGAGCGUAUCUCUGAGUUCAUGAAAUGAUUCAAAUAUAUUUAAAAGGAAAAAAAAGUUUUAUUUUCAUACUAGAAAACGUUUAUUUUUUACUGGGGUUUGCCGCAGGAUAAGAGAAUGAAUCACGUGACCAGUUGUGCAAAAGUGCAUGAUAGUUGAUAUGUCUUGUUCUAAUUUUUUUUUUUUUUCCUGAAGACUUUUUUUUUAUUAUUUCUAUUUUAUUUUAUUUUUUUGAAAAGGACAUUUUCGCGCUUGUUGUGUGAGUGUUGCUAUGGUGAAGUGUGUUCGGUGUUGUUUUCUUGUAAAGUAGUUUUCUCUUAGAACUUUAACCUUUGACCUUGCUGUCUGAGUAAAAUUUGCCUUAAUAGUUUUGAUACAGUAUUCGUACCGACUACCACAGAGCGGCAACAGGCAAAACUAUUUUGAGAGCUUUUACGUGUUUUUACUUUUCCCCUCCCAAAACGCAUAUUAAAAAAAAAAAAAAAAAAAAAAAAUUGGUGAAACACUUU